AUGGUGACUUUGCCCUCUCCAAACUUAACCUAAGAGAAAGGCGAGACUAUUGCUGAUUUCAAGCAAAGAAUUCGAAGAGAAAUAGAAUUGUCUCAUUACUAAAACGUAGGCAAAUGCGACCUUCAAAUACCGAGGCAGAUGAGAUACUCUUGCAAGGAUGACUCGAUUGAAAGCUUUAGAAAAACACUAAGAUCAAAUAAAUUCAUGCACAAAGAGUACAACCCCAAUCUCGACUCUGUAUUCGGGUAAUACUUGUUCAAUGGGAUUAUGACAGAGAGGAUAGUUAAAGAUGAUACUAUCUAAACUGUGAAUGAAUUCAUCCUCAAGGAGAAGACCUAUAAGCAGGCUAUCAAGAUGUCAAAUAAAGAGGUUUACAAGCUUCCACUGAGAAUGAAACCUAAAAGAGCUGCCACAAAAGGGAAUAACUCCCCUCGAUUUACUAUAGAUCCUGAAAUUGAGGCAAAUAAGUCUAGAAAGAAACUCUAUCAUUUCUAUGCAUCAAAACUCACAGAUAAAUCUUUUACUAAAAAUAAAAUUAAAGCUAUUGAGGAGUCACUUAAGCAGGAAAUGAAAAGACAUAAACCAAAGUACUUUAGGGAAGUUUCAAAUGAUCCUGAAUAACUAUAGAAAACUUACAACAGAAAAAAUUAAGCUGGGUAUUUUGAAGUAGACCCAGCUGAAGAAAAGUAGAGACAGCAGAUUAUACUCAAGGCUAAAUUGAGACUUGUUGUAAAAAAAACUGAUGAUACAGAUAAGCCAAAGAGGAAUAAUCUGAGAGAUCUAAUUGCAUUGCAGAAAAAGAUGACUUCAAAAAUAAAUAAUGCAGAUGAACUACCUACCAUUGAAGAACUAGAACUUAUGAAAAUACCCAGUAAAUUUUCUCAUGAAAGAAAAAGAAGAUCCCCCAAGAAACAAGUAGCUUUUCUAGAUUAAAACACUUUGGUAAAGGCGAAUCAGACUUAAAUGUUUGACUCCCUCUCUCCAAAGAUAAAAGAAGAGGCAAAUGGACUUUAAUUCAUUCCUAAAAGAAUACUUAAAAAUGCUAACACAACCAUUAUUGAUCACAGAAGAUAACUUAACAUCGAUAGUGAAAGAUAAACUUAGGACUUAUCCUAAUCAAUAAAACGAUUAGAAAGUGGACACAGCAUAAUCAAUGAUGAUUCUCCUAGGAAGUUUUCUAGUGUUCUAAUCAAUGCUCAAACCAAAUAGCCAGAGCAAAACUAAAUUAUAAUAACUAGCAUGCAAAAUCUCUAGUCAAAAGAUGAGUAAAAUCUCCACAGUUCAGGAAAAUAACAGCGUAAAAGAAUCGGAACAGCUAGGCAAAGAAACAGUUAAAGCUUUUUCUCAUAAGAAAUGAAAGCUAAACAUGGCGGCUAAGAAAAUACCUCAGUUUAGUCUCCAAAUGCUGCUACCACAAUGGAUUCUAAUGGAUAAUUCUCUAGCUCAAUCAGAGUUUAAAAUAACUAACAUGAAAAUUAGGCUAUGAGCGGAUAAUAUCUGAUUAUGAAUUCAUCUUUGGGUUAGAAUUGUCUAAAAGAUGAGAAAUAUGGAAGUUGCAAGAAGUAUUUGGACUCAUUACAAGUAUAAUUUGAGGACUGGAAUGAAAGACAUCACAAGAUACAAUAUGCUACAGGAGAGUAUUUAGAAGAACUAAGGUACUCUAGCAAUGAGGAAGUCAAAGGGAUCGAAGAGAUUUUAGCAUACAAGGAGCAGGAAGACAGAGAAGGCUUUAAGAAUAAAGAAAACUUGGAUUCGUACAAGGAUGAUAUGAUUGCGACCACAAAAUUUUUAAAUAAUGAUAAGGGAGGUAGAAAAAUUUGGUAGCCAGAAAAACUCACUGUACCUAGAUAUACAUAUUUAGGUCAAAUUAUUGCAUAGCAAUCUUAGUGA